AUAAGACCGCGAGGGCACAAGUGCCACGUAUUCAUUGCCAAGUUUGUAGUUCGAAGCACCAACAGUCGGGUCUAGUUUCAAGAUGUUAGCCAGUUAGUUAAAACUAUUGAUGAGUAUAGGCCAUGUUAUAAGCUAUGGUGCAUCAGACUCUGUAAGCCAAUGUUGAAGAGAGAUACCCAGAAUAAAGAGACACACGUGUACCAUAAUACGGCGAGUUCACACUACGGAUUGAUAAUUUUCUUGUGUACGGACGGUACAGUCGCCAAGCAAGUUAUUUUAACUCAGUGCAGCAUUUCUCAGAAGAUGGGAGACAGCAGAAAGACAGUUGCCGUUAUCGGCUGUGGGGUUUCUGGCCUAGCAGCAGUCAAGUGCUGCCUUGACGAAGGCCUUCAGCCAACUUGCUUUGAGAGGUCAGAUGACUUGGGUGGUCUUUGGAACUAUCGCGAAAACAGCAAACACGAGGUAACGACCUCGGUCUACAGGUCGACCACCACCAACACCAGCAAAGAGAGCAUGAGCUUCAGCGACUUCCUGUUUCCCGACGAGUGGCCAAAUUUUCUCCACAACAGCUACAUGAAGAGGUACCUGGACAUGUACGCCGACAAGUUUGGCCUCAAGAAGCACAUCCGCUUCUCGACUAGAGUGACCCGCUUGGCCCAGGCGCCAGACUACGAGUCUACUGGGCGAUGGGUCGUCACUACCCAAGCGGAGGGAGCGGCAAGACAGACUAGCCAGGAGUUUGAUACUGUGAUGAUCUGCACUGGGAUGCUCAACAACCCUAACAUCCCAGAGUUUCCUGGCCUUGAGGGGUUCCAAGGGAAGAUUUUUCACAGCCAGGCUUUCCGGAGGCCGGAGGAAUUCGAAGGCAAGCGAGUGGUGGUGGUUGGGAUUGGUGAUUCAGCAGCAGAUGCAGCUACAGACAUCAGCCGUCAGGCAUCACAGGUGUACCUGAGCACCAAACGUGGCGCAUGGAUUACAAGUCGCAUUGGAGACUACGGUAUGCCAUGGGAUCUUCAGUUUUUCAGAAGAUGGUACGGGAUCCCAGCGAGCCUAUUCUUGAAUCUUUAUACGAAAUCCCUCAAGCGUCAGUUUGAGAUGUUUUAUCAUUCUUUGAUGCCGGCUCACAGUCUGACGGCCUGCGAUCCACUUAUUACUGAGGACCUCCCGGGCUGUAUCUUCAACGGCACUGUGAUUAUCAAGGCAAACAUCGCAAGCUUCACUAAGACGGGCGUGGUGUUUGAAGACGGUACCACCGAGGAGGACAUCGCUGCCGUCAUCUUAGCCACCGGAUACAAGGACACGCUGCCCUUGGAGGUUGAUGACUGCCAAUCACUGCAAAUAAAAGAUGGCCGCCUGCCGCUGUACAAGUUGGUGUUUCCUUUAGGUCUAAAGCACAAUACGCUGUCGCUCAACGGAGCCAUCAGACCCUUAGGCGCAGUCAUCCCGUGCAUCGAGCUGCAGGCUCGCUGGGCUACGAGGGUUUUCAAAGGGUUGGCUGAGCUACCAUCCCAGCCGGAUAUGGAGGCUGAGGUGAAGGCGACCGACGAAGCCAUGAAGCUUGAAUUUUUACCUAACCACCGACACAUUGAUCCCCAAGCCUACUGCAUCAAUCUGGCGUCUGAGAUCGGAGUCGAGCCGAAUUUCCUGAAGCUCUUCUUCACCGAUCCCGUGCUGACUCUCCGGUGCUUGUUCGGACCCCUAGUGCCAUACCAGUUUCGAUUGGUGGGUCCUGGGAAGAAUGGUGAAGCCCGGAAGGCCAUCAACACGGUUUGGGAUCGGGUCCUGAAGCCAAUGAAGACAAGACCCAUUGGCCCAAAAGAAGAAGCAAGCCAUCACGUCAUUGUCAUUGCUAUAUGUGUUUCUGUGUUUGUGGUUGUGGCUGCUUGGCUUCUGAUAUAAGCAGGGACUGUUAACUGGAGUUGCUCCGUUGCAGUGGCUUUGGGUGGGUCAACAUGCUUUGGAUGGUUCUCAAAGUGAACUUUUGGCCUGAAAAUAGACGCUUAGCACCACGGUGUCCUUGUUCGUGUAUCUCUGUUUUGAAGCUGUGAUGGUGGCUUGGUCUUGCAUUAACGUAUGGAAUAUUAAUGUAAAUUGUUUUAUUAUUCAAGGAACAUACGGAAGACAUAUCAACCGUGGCUUUGGCAGUCGGUUCUGAUGCCGACUAGGUAUGGCCUGUUGGCCCAAAGUAGGACGCCAACCACAACGAUAUUGCCUUUUGUGUGUUUCGGCGUCGGUAGUCAGCUUUUGUGUCGGUAGUCGUCCAAAUAGGUUAAACAUGCUUUAUUAAAGCACGGAUCCUACACACAAGGAUAAACGACUGUUCUGAGCUCUAGUACAAAAUGUACUGAGCGGACUUGCCUUAAUUGGUUAGACGCGAAACGGAAACUUUCAUAAAACUUUCAUAAAACUGAAAGCAAAACUACUCCUUAUGUAAGAUAUAAAUGUUCCAAAAUUGUUUAAAAGUAUAAAUACUUCAGGAUAUACAGAUGCUAUUGUGCAGGUUUUUUCGUCAUAGAUGAAGUAUUUACCCGGGAAAUAAACGUCAACUUUCGAGGAGAA